AUGCAGUUACUUAUGGUGUUAGCGCAGCUUAUGGCUGUAGCAUGGUGUCUAGAAGACAAUUGGCAACCCAUAGUAUCGGAAGCACGUCUGCUGUCUGCCUAUACACCAACAGAAGCAGACGCCGAAGCUAGCUCUCCUCAGUUAAGAAUUCUUAACAGACGACCAAUAUACCCGAGGCCUUUACAACAGUCGUUUGAGACGAAUAAAGUGUCGAGUCUCUACAACACGGCACCUGCGAGCGAUUCUGAUUCAUGCAGUGUUUACAAGGUGUCAAUGAAUCAAGAAUUGUUUUAUCAGUAUCUGGAAUAUGACACGAAGCUACCGGACUUGAAGGAGUUUACGUUGUGCAUGUGGGCGAAAUUCCACAACCACUCUUCGGACCACCCAUUAUUUUCUUAUGCAGUCGAAGAUAGUCCAAAGGAAAUAUCAGCAUGGAUUUCAAACACUGCCGAAGCCAGCUACUUCAGUAUGGCAGUACACGGACAAACAUUCUUCCGACUCAACUACCCAAUAAAAUUAAAUACGUGGUAUCACACUUGUCAAUCUUGGAACGGCAGGACUGGAGAAUGGCAAAUAUGGGUCAACACUGAAAGAGUCGGCAGAGGUUUCCAUAAUCGGCUUGUUGGACAUGUCAUAAAAGGAGGAGGCAGAGUUAUUAGCGGUCAAGAGCAAUCGCUUCUUUACAAAAACGAUCCCGCACAACCAAUUAAGAGUCAACCUGGUUUAGUCGGAGAAAUAACUAUGCUUCAACUGUACCACGUCGCAUUAACCGCUGGAAAAGCGCACAGAGACCACAAACACCACCACGCCCAUCGCUUCACCCAUGAUGGAUCACGCAUAGAAUCGUCAUCGGAAUUCGUAACUGAACCACCGCCACCAGAGCCAACCCCAUUAGGCAAUGGCCACUUUUUGAUAGGGGGACAGUUACAGAAACCGUCUCAUAUAAAUAUUGCUAUGCCAUCGCAACAACAAGGUCUUCCCGCACAAAUUCCGAAAGGUCUUCAAAUUCAACAAGAAAUUAGUAACAAAUAUCUGGCUAAUCGAAUUGUUUCCGAACAGCAAUUGCUUGCGCAAAUCCCUUCGAACCACAUCGGAAACAACAUACCUGCUGCCCAGAUACCAUUAGUUGGUCUACCCAUAUCAGGUCAGCGAUACCCAAAUAGACCCAUUGGUCCAGCGAAAGGAUCGAGCGUUUCAUUGUCAAGUUCUCUUCUGAAUCCCGCGAAUGUUCAAUAUAUUGAUGAUACCAUAAAUCAUAACUUGUAUAAAAGAAGUUCAACUAAACGAGACAAGAGAGAUAAUCCUGAAAAGCAAUUGGAGGAAGAGAGAAUCACAGGUAAAAAGGAUAAGCGUGGGCUUGUAGCACUUUCAGACGGAUCUAUAGUAGAUGAAGCUCUUCUAAGUACAGAUCUAAUUGACAAUAAUAAAGAAGACGAAGCUUUAUUCCAACAGUCACUUCUUAGUGGGCUAGCAGGCGUGGUCGGAAAUUUACCAGUUCAAAAUUUGCAGAAGAUGACAGUGGAUGAAAGAGAACCCGCUGAAGCCGAAGUGAAAGCAGUGAUGAACGUCUGUAGUGGAUGCGCGCCGGAACCAUUUAAGAAGGUUCUAGUGCUUUCGUGGAGAUCCACGCCGAAGAAACUCUACAGUGGCGCACAUUACUACAAAGGCCUUCCAAUAUGUAGAGCUUUUUAG